AUGAGGAUUAUUUCCUGCCAGUCGACUCUUGUGGCUGUAGUUGCGGUUGCUCUCAUUGUGGUGUACUACACUGAAGCUAAGACUACUCCGAAGCCAAAGUACCAGUACACCAAGAAACCCGUCCCUCAGAUCACGGUCCACAGCCCUGUAACCACCAGCGUGCCCAAGACUCUUAAAAUAGUCCCAACUGCAAAUCCUGUGAAGCCCCAUCCCCCGCCCAACCCAGUGAGGACCACCAACCCAAGUCAUGUCUUUCCACAGCACUACCCUGACAGCACCGGGCCACCUGGUGUUGGUCCUGAGAACUACACUCUGGAUUACAACGAGUGUUACUUUAACUUUUGUGAAUGCUGCCCACCGGAGAGAGGGCCCAGGGGCCUGAAAGGAGAAAGAGGCCUGACAGGGGCAACUGGAGAAAAAGGCCUUACAGGAGCAGCUGGUUUACCUGGGCCACCUGGCAUCAGUGGUCCUAUUGGCUUAAAGGGAGAAAAAGGGGACAAAGGUGACAGAGGAAACAGUGGGCCAAGUGGGCCACUAGGCAUUCCAGGAAAACCAGGACCAAAAGGUGAUGUUGGCUACAAAGGGGAAAAGGGUGAAGUUGGACUGCAAGGUCUCAAAGGAGAAAAAGGGCAGAAAGGAGAACCUGGCAAGAAUGGGACUGCAGGUGAGAAAGGAGAACCUGGAAAAGAGGGGCCAGCUGGGCCUCCAGGAGUGGCUACAGUACAAGGACCAAAAGGAGAUAAGGGGGAUAGAGGGGAGUGUGCCUCAUAUGGAGAGAAAGGACACAAAGGUGAACCAGGUGAACCUGGAGCUCCUGGAAUCCCAGGAGCGAUGGGAAUUCCAGGACAGAAUGGCAAGCAUGGCUCCCCAGGCCCUAUAGGUGUCCGGGGGGAUCCGGGAGCUCCUGGACCACAAGGAGAACCAGGGGUGAGGGGGCUAGAAGGACCACAAGGUAUAAGAGGGAUUCCAGGACCGAGAGGGGAAAGAGGUUACCCUGGGAUGAGAGGUGAGCGGGGUUUUCGUGGAUUCAAAGGUGCUAAGGGUUCUGGAUCAGGGGUUCCCCAGAAACACUCUGCCUUCAGCGUAGGUAUCUCUCCGAGAAAGUCUUUCCCUCCUUCAGGCUUCCCGAUCCGCUUCGACAAAGUCUUCUACAAUGAAGAGAACCACUUCAACAUAACUUCCAACAGCUUUACAUGUGUCUACCCUGGAGUUUAUGUCUUCUCCUUCCACAUCACCGUGCGCAAUCAGCCGCUGCGAGCCACGCUGGUGGUGAACGGGUCACGGAGAGUGAGGACACGGGAUUCUCUGUACGGUCAAGACAUCGACCAGGCCUCCACUCUGGUGGUGCUGCGGUUGGCUGCAGGCGAUCAGGUGUGGAUGGAGACGCUCAGAGACUGGAAUGGAGCGUAUGCCAGCAGUGAGGACGACAGCAUCUUCUCUGGAUUUCUGCUUUACUCAGACAAGCCGUGA